AUGUUUCCAUCAGACCCAUCUCCAUCUGUGCAGUCCCCAAGAACCAAGCCACCGCCACCAAGCAGCUUAAGAACACCCCCAGCGCCCACCAGAACAACACGCCAGCCACCAUCGCCAUCCUCAGCAGGCAUCCAGACUGAUCACUGCCAUGUCCAACCCGCCUUGGUCAGCUUGUCACCCACCUUCUUUCAACCCCCUAUCCCAGACGUAUAUCCUUCGAAUGACAAUAAACCUGUCCAGGUUAUCCUGGUGGUCUACGAUCUUCUUCCAUCCGGGAAGUUAUCAGACUUGGCUUGGCUCUUUGGCGUUGGCUUGUAUCACACAGCCGUCAAGAUACCCGCUCUCGGCAGAGAGAUAGCCUUUGGAGGGCACGCACAUCCGCAGACCUCCGGAAUAUUCUCGCUGCCGAUCCGAGACGAUGGACAGCCGAGCAUGCCAGGCCUACGAUGGAUAUGCGAGAUCGAUAUGGGAUACGUCAAGCCUGGUCUCCAGCCGACAGCCGGCGACAGCUGCCAGCUUCGAUCCCAAGCCUCAUUUGCAUCUUCCAUCCACUUCCCUCACGAAGAUGAAGAAUCUAGAAGGCUCAUUCGGCCUCCCCCCUCAGCUGCCAAACUCAUCAACAAGUACCACUCCCCACCAUCGCCCGCCUAUCCCCCAACAUCGAUGCCCGAGAUCCCAACGAGUCCACCCUACGCUAUGGACCGAAACUAUCGCUCAUAUGCCUCUUCAUCAACCAGCUCGGAUUCCCACAAGUCGUCCCCUCCCGCCCCGCUUCCUCCUUCCACCCCCUCUUACUCGCCGCCCACUCAGCUCGAGACUCUCGCGUUUAUCUUAGACCAGUUGGAUCGCUCUCCCGAUUGGCAUGGCACCUCUUACGAUCUUCUCAAGAGAAAUUGUAACACUUUUAGCAAUGAACUCUGCAUGCUGUUGACCGGUAAAGGCGCGCCCAAAUGGAUCAAUCGUGCCGCUAGCGUCGGAUCUUCUUUGCCCUGCUUGGUCCCCGCGGAAUGGAUUGAACCACCGACCGCACCUACGCCAACCGAUGAAGUAGUCAGCUAUGAAGACGAAGAAGAGGAAACUGUUCAUCGUCAACAAGGUUCAUCUCAUAUCAGCCCGACGAAGACCCAAGCCAAGAUCUCAUCGCCUGCUCUGUAA